GUUUUGCUGUUAUGGGAAACGUCACGUCCUUUUCGUGUCUAUUGUGUUGCAUGGUAAUGCAAAGUUUCGGGGUAUAAAAGGUCAGGUGUCUUCUAUUCGCUUUCUUUACAGACGCCAUGCAAUCCGCCACCACCAAGACUUUGGCAGACGAACUUCGACAAGCUUAUCAGUAUGUUUUGCUCCAGAUUUCCAAAGAUCUGGAUAGAGAACAUACAAAAAGGUUUCGUCGCUUAUGUACUGAACAUAUUUCGAAGACUAACACUGAAAUUUUAUCAAUCUUUCGUUGUUUAGAGCAUGAAGGGCUACUUUCGUGGGAAGAUUUUAAUUACCUGAAGGACUUGAUGCGUAAAAUUCGAAGGAUGGAUAUCGUAAAAAAGGUGACAGAAUUUGAAAUCAAAAGAGAUCUAAAAAUACUUCUGGAUUAUUAUGCAAGAAAAAGACAAGGCCAAGACUUAAGUUGUUGUUCCCAAAAUGUUAGGAGAGUAGCAGGAUAUUUAACGAGGCUAACUGACAAAGUUCGGGAUCGAGUUGAUGUCACCAACAUUAUUUCCUCUGUAAAAUCGAGCAAAGACAUCAGAAAUGUUCUGGGCGAGUUUGAAGAGGAAAUGUAUUGUGGAAAGCAAAAAUUUUCGUGGGAUGAAUUCAUGAUGCUUGUUGUCAUCGCUGGAGAACUCUUAGCCAUUGCUUUAGCGAGUGAAACCCGUUCGCAUCUUGCCAUGGAGUUGUGUUCUACCGCAGCAGAUGAACUCUGUCCACGAAUGAUGGAACUCAAGGGAAAUUGGGUACGUUUUAGUUAAUCAUCUUUAUGAAUUGCCCUUAAGUCUCUUUUCUGCACUUUUCUCCAGUGUAGUCUCCAGUGUAGUCUCUUUGCUCUAUUCGUUCGUCGUACCACACCAACGAGAGCCGAAAGCGGAAAUUGGUUGCAUUUCCUUGGUCCUAUUGUUAUACUAGUGAAUCAGAUAGAAGGCAAAUACAAUAAACAAUUCCUGCAUUUAGUUUCAGUCUAGUUUAACUAGUUUUCAAACAAAAAUCAGGGACGCCCAACGACUGUUUGGGUGUAUAUAUAAAUGCAAAAUUUGCAAUAAAUUUACUCUACGGUUGUAAGAAAAAUUUAGCCAAAAAGUCACUUUAAAUUCCCUAUUAAUUUUUCACAUUUCACUCCCUAGAUUAGGCUAUUUUUCGUAGAAAAAGGAAACCUGAAAUAUUCGGAUUCAGAAAUGUGAUGGAGAGAGGAAUCAGAAAAAUUAUUACUCUCGUAAAAUGUUAAAUUGCACCUUAAAUUUUCUAGAAAAUCAUACUGAAGAUCUUGUAAUUUCGAAGAGACUCCAGUUCCCCAGAAUGACCGAACAGUACAAAUUCUAUAGCGCCGCUUAUAAUGUAUUUAGGAGGAAACCGUUGUUGGGUGCCCCUGAAAAAUAUCAACAAUUCCUUCACCGAUUGCAAAAUGCAGGGUACAUAUUGUAGCUAUCAUCUUCACUGAGUCAAUGUUUACAAUGCGGUAGAAUUACUUAUCAUUGCUCGAUGUCUGUGCAGCUGUGCUCGAGUGAAUUUUAGACGGCUGCAUGUUAUGUUAGCAGUUUAUUCUUCAAAAUCAGUUACAUGCGGUGCGUAUGAGGAAUGGUAAGGUCAAGCGAACGAAGCAAACGCGCUGAGGAUAACGGCCCUUUGGCUAGUUCGCUAAUUUUUACUGAAAAGAGACUGUUUGCAAUCUAAAGGAAUAUAGCUGUGCAAAUGGAAUAGUUCUAAGAUUUCCAAACUUUCUUUUCAGGUUCUCUUACUUUAACUGCCAAGUUAAUUAUUGUUUCCUCAUAUCAUUUAUUUCGCAGAGAGAGUUCAGCCAUCGAGUGGAGGAAAGGUAUAAUCAGUUUUACAGUCAACAGAAAUUAGAGUCCAAUCCUUGCUUGUCCAUGCAACGAAAAAGAGCGGAAAUUCUUCAGCAUCUUUCAUCGAUCUUCUCACCACAGUAAUUACGUAGUUGUAUAGUUAAAAACGCUUUGUUACUUGCAGGAGCAAACCUUUCCUGCGGUCUUUCUUUCAGUACGCUGGCCAAAGGUCAAAAUUGCAUGUCUGGUCUUGCGGGAAAAAUGUACAGUUUUCUCGGAAGAGAUAUAGUUGUUUUUUUUUUUUUAAAGAAGAACGUAUUAUGUGUUUCAAGUUUCCUUCCUUGUAAUUAAGUGGUUCCUUUUACUCACCGGCUAUAUAUAUUUUUUGUCAAGUUCAACUAUUAUGCUUGAGCCAUGACUAUGGUUAACGGACGGACAACUAUUGUACACAAACUACAAUAUAAGAGGAAAAUACCAAAAAAAAAAAUGAAAAAUUAUUGCUGAACAGAAGGGAAGAAACUGAUCAAAGGUUUAUUAGAUAACACAUCAACUUUUUACACCUGUUGUUGAUUUUUGGCGGUUAGAUUACGAAUAACAAUAUGGCUCAGUACACCUCUUUAUAGCUUGUAUGUUUUGUUUUCCCAAUACAGGUCAUGUGAAAAUACUCUAGAGAACUGCUUCUAUCUCUGAAUUUUGUCUAAUUCACGUGCAUAGUACGCAUGAUUUAUGAAAAGACACAGCGGCAUGUUCUCCUGGGACCUCUACAUGUAUUGGGAAAACAAAACAUUCAAGCUUAAGAUGUCUAUUAUGCUACGACUGCGAAAAGUAAAGAUGUCAACAUCAUGCGGUGGAAAUCUCGAAAUCUGAAUAAAACGAAAAAGAAAUUUAGGGCCGUUUUUAAAGAAAUCCAACAGAAUUUUCGAACCUUGGCGUGAAGAGUGUGAUUUUCGUAACAUGAGAUGAGUUACUAUUGUGUACGUGAUCGAAAGGAAAUGGUAGGACAGAAAGGACUAGCAAUAAAAAAAUAUAAUAAAAAAAAUACAAGAAACUCAAAAGAAACACAAAAGUUUAAAACUUAACAAGAGAAAGAAAAACCCGACAUAAACAAAAAGUGCAAAUUUGUGUGGCGGCUUGGAUUUGCACACCAAAAAAGGACAAGACUGAAAAAAAUCCAAAAAAAGGAUUGUCAUUAGUUAUAUGCUCAGAGGUUUUCUAGUGUAUGAUUAGUUCAAAGCUGACUGUAGUCAAUAAAGGUUUGUGACGUUUUAUAAAGUGUGUUGGUUGUUUGUUAUAAUUAACAGUUGUAUUUGCUUCUAUUUUGGGGGCUUAAGUCAUAUUACUCAACUUUAUUAUACAUAGCUACUUUUUAAGACCAACAAG